AUGAAUACCAUCCACCAGGCUACCCGAGGCCAGGACCACGACAGAUUCGACCCCGAUGACUCUUUCCCGAUGGCGCGAAUAGCUCCGCCCCAGACCAACGGCAGCGGAGGAAGCGAUGAUGAUAUUACGGCACCGCAGAAGAUGAUCUCGGCCAUGUCGGGCAGUCUUUUGACAUCGCUCCUCGUGACGCCCCUCGAUGUUGUCCGAAUCCGAUGGCAGUCGCAAAAUGUCACCCCGCCGACGGUAGAUUUCUCACGGUUGGCCAUGACGACCGAUACCCUCAAGACUUUCAAUACAUCGAAUCUCGGAGUCACCGCAUGCUGCCGGGAGGUAUUCUUCAUGAACAACAACUCCGAACUCUGCCUCGCGAUGCCGAGAGCGGCAGAAGGCGCAGGAGCAUCAGCUGCUGCUGCAUGCUCCGUCGAGGAGGUUGAGCGAAAGACAAUCAGCUCUACCAUGGACGGGCUGAGGAAGAUUGCGCGGAAUGAAGGAUUCACCAGUCUCUGGAGGGGCUUGUCUCCGACAUUACUAAUGACGAUCCCGGGCAACAUCAUCUACUUUACUGGCUACGACUGGAUGAGAUACAACAGGAAGAGCCCAAUCGCACAAAGGCUCAACGACGAUACCGCUCCGUUAGUUGCCGGUUCCGCGGCUCGCGUUCUGGCCGCGGCUGCCGUCAGCCCGAUCGAGCUCUUCCGAACGAGAAUGCAAGCGUCGGCCGGCAACUCUACGACUGGCCAUCUCGCAAACACCUUCCGCGACAUCAAGGAUAUGGUCCACAGCAGCGGGUAUACUUCCCUGUGGAGGGGUCUGACCUUGACGUUGUGGAGGGAUGUGCCCUUCUCAGGCCUGUACUGGUGGGGAUACGAGACGAUCCGGGGUAGAUUGACAGAUUUCCGAGAGACCCGCCGCGGCCGGACACUGGAUACUAGAGGAUCACGAACCCAGGCGCGCCGCAGGUCUCAAAGCCACGAAAACCACACGGAAACCAUGACGGACAGCUUCAUUGCCGGCGCCGUCUCUGGCGGAUUCGCAUCGAUGGUGACGAUGCCAUUCGACGUGGGCAAGACCAGGACGCAGGUGUAUCGCGAAGCGCCCCGUCAAGCGGGUGAAGCCGGCGCCAAGGCCGCUGCAGCUGAACAGGGAUCCAUGGUGCGCUUGCUCUGGCACAUCUUCACGACGGAGGGAAUCGGCGGCUUGUGGAAAGGAUGGAUCCCCAGAACACUCAAGGUGGCUCCAGCGUGUGCCAUCAUGAUCAGCAGUUACGAAGUCGGAAAGCGGGUAUUCAGGGGCGUGAACGAGAAGUCCAGGAGGGACGCGGAGUAA